AUGCUAAGUAUAGACAGACCAAUAUUACCAGAUGAAUCUAAUGCUACAGCGGCUAGAGCUGAGAUGAAAAACCUGAUUAAAGAACAGAUACUGGCUGAAUAUCAACUGAAUUAUAAGAAAACAUUCUCUGAAUAA